GUUUUAUUUCACAAUAUAGAUUCAUCAGGGAGGCAUUUGUUAAUUUUGUUUCGACACAAAAUCUAAAUACUGGUCCUGUUUUUGUUAUUUUAAGUUAAAUUUAUUUCAUGUACAGUAUCUGUCCAUGUACACCCUGCAUUAUCUUUAUGGACCACCAGGGGUCCAGGAUCUUUGCUUGCAAAGCUAUAAUUAAACUGAAUAAGACUAAUUUAGCACUGACUGGUAAUGGCCUAAUCCUAAAAAUGUUAUGAAUACUUGCACCUAGUUAAGCAACAAACAUUCUACAAUUACCUUGAAUGGGUGUUUAUAUGUUUACAAGGGUGUUCCUUUAAAUGUGAAAAUGUAGGUAAACACACAAGGCAAUUAACUACAAUGCCCUCCUUGUUUUCCCCUGUAUAAGGCAUCAAUCUCUUAUUUAGACACUUGGAUUAUUUUUCCAAGUUCAUAAACUUUAAAUGCAUACAGUGAUCCCUAUUAUCAAAUAAUCAGUCUUUUGUACUCUAACGCAAGUUUAUUAUGUACUGCUCUGUGCUGAAGUCUACCGUGUGUGAAAACAAACACCGUCUAGACGUUUUCCUGAAUAAACCUUGAAGUUGAAUGUGCCUAUGUGUUUUCAAUGGCGUCCCAUAUAUGACAAAUGCAUACGCUUUUACUUCAAAUAUUAGUGCAAUGAUGUAAGUGGAAGGAGAAAGUUAAAACAUGCAUUAUAAGAAACAAGAGUGUCAUUAUAAGAGGAUAACUUUAACUUAAACACAUUUUACAGUGUGUCGGUCUAAAUUUAGAACGGAUUCCCUUGUGAUACAGGACUGGCAUAAUCCAUGGCUCCUUUCAAUGGCCAUUUCCACUGCCUAAACUCAUAUCCUGUUUAUGUGUUUCCUUAAAGAAAAAGUUCAUCCAGAAAAAAAUCAUGUCAUCAUUUACAUGUAUGCAUUUGGCGGAUCCUUUUAUCUACAUGGCUCAAACCCUUGACCUUUGCACUGCUAAUGCAAUGCUCUAUAAUUUUACAAAAGGUGCCCUAGUUGGUGUCUGAUUGGUUGAUCAAGUUAGAAUUAGGGGUGAUAUAAAGUACAGAAUAAAUAUAGGAGUAUUAUUACUAUAGUUAUUUUAUAGUCACUACAAUGUAAAAAUGAUUUGAUUAAUAAGUCAAGACAACAUACUUAAUAUUUAACUCAUCAAAAUGCACAAACAUAUACACAACUAUAUAUUGUCAAUUUAUUCUAAAUGACUGUGUCAACGUCACUAAAAAAAUCUAUUGGUACACACAUGUAAAAGUUCUGGGAGGAAAAGUAGAGAAAGAGAGAGAGAGAGAGAGCGUGUGUGGGUAAUUUGACCCUGAGCUCCUACUCUACUUAACAGCUUUGGGGAGCUCAAGAUACUGCAUUUUUGGUGCACCCUGAUCCAUAAUACUAAUAAAUUAAUGUUAAAAAUGUAUAAAUAUUCAUUUUUCUUCUUUCUAUCCAUACACCUGUUCGUCUUGGCGUGUUUGAGCACCGCGCAACGACAUGGACCUUGGAGACACAAGGUCCAGUGGGAAACUAACGGACAAGUUUUUAGCUUACUGAGCUCUGGUUCCCAAUACCACGCUGUAGAUUCUCCACGAGGAAACACGAGAUUCUUUUUGACUCGGCACGUGAUGCCUAGAUUCACAAACAGGAUUUUGUUGAGACGUUUCGCAGAUUCAAGUGCGCAUCCCGACUACGCGCAAGUGCGCGCAAGUGACACGGACGGUGGCGUUGAUGCGAGACCAUAUGAGAUAUCUCGUCUCACACAGCAGACGAGAAACAACGCACGUUUGACAUCUUUACGCACGGAGAGGAAUGCGUUUUUAUCAGAUGGGGCACAGCGCACACAGUCCGCGCGCUCUGGCGCAUCACCAACUCGUACGACUACACUGGCCCAUAGGAAAUCUACAUUGCACACAAAUGCAGCAGGAAGCCGCGGUUCAGGUACCAGAAAGCAGGUGCCAAGACGAGUGUCAACCGCAAAUAACCCAGCCAGUGUUAAUUUGGAGAAGCCCCUUCUUCAACCACAACUCUCUACAACAAACUCAAUUCAAGCUAAUAACGCAUCGAGAAACAAUUUAGUGUCUGGUGCGUCUUCAUCUGUUAACAACAGGGAUGAAUCGAAUCUCCAGAUUGAUAGAGGAGUUGGCAGUAUGAUUGGUGAUGAGCCAACUAAUGCGCAGACCGAAAACCCUUUCAAUUAUAAUCUACUCCCGUAUGGAAGUGCAAAUAGACAUCGUCAGAGUAAUGGUUAUGGUACAAGGUAUUUCCACAAUGGCCUGCCUGAUCUGAUCCCUGAUCCGUACUAUAUACAAUCAGCAUCUUACAUUCAGAGAGUGCCGAUGUACUCAGUGAGGUGUGCCGCUGAGGAGAAUUGUCUCUCCAGUUCAGCGUACAGCUCAAGCAUCCGGGAUCUUGACUAUCGAGUGCUUCUCCGAUUCCCUCAGAGAGUCAAAAACCAAGGGACAGCAGAUUUUCUCCCAGUGAAGCCACACCAUCAGUGGGAAUGGCACAGUUGUCAUCAACAUUACCACAGCAUGGAGGCUUUCAGCAACUAUGACCUUCUUGACGCCUCCACUGGAAAGAAGGUUGCCGAAGGUCAUAAAGCCAGUUUUUGUCUGGAGGACACCAGCUGUGAUCCUGGUGUGAGGAGAAGAUACGCCUGCACGGCUCACACACAGGGGUUGGGUCCAGGCUGCUAUGACACCUAUCAUGCUAACAUCGAUUGUCAAUGGAUUGACGUUACAGACGUUACCCCAGGACAGUAUAUUUUAAAAGUAACAGUGAAUCCAGGUUUCCAAGUGCAGGAGUCAGAUUUUUCCAAUAACAUUGUCAGAUGUGAUAUCAGAUAUACGGGAUCACACGUUCAGGCUCACAACUGCAGAAUCACAGAGAACUGAUUCAUUUGGCUUCUUCCAAACCUUCAUUGUUGAAAUCGGCAUAUUAAAUGCUAAAUUAUUAUUAUUAUAUGUAGGCUUUAACUUAUUUUGCAUGUUUAGAUUUAUAUUCUCUUGCAUUACAUUGUCGAAUUAUUUAUUUUUAUUUCUCUCUUGCCAUUUGCGUCCACGAACUAUUCCAAGUUAAGUAAAGUUUGUGCAUGAAAUGAGACCAAAUUUUAUCAAGCAUUAAACACGGAAAAACAGACAUUUAUGUUGAACCUGUCAAAAUGUUUCUGG